UCGCAAGCUAUGCACAUCUGUGUCGCCAUCUCCGCUAUCAUCUACGUACUUCUGGCCUGUGCAGAGGCAAGAUUGAUCCGAGAGUAUGACGUCGAAGACUCCCUCGAAGAUGAUUUCUCCCGCAACAGGCGUUCCGAAGAAGAGAUAGCGACCCCCUGGCUAGGCCUGGGUAAGCGAGAGGCGCGCUUCACUCCUUAUGUAAGCGUAGGUCUGUCGACAGGGGUGCUGAGCGACAUGCAGCAGUUCUUCGACAAUCUCAGAACCAACCUGGACAGUCUGGAGAGUCUUCCUCCAGAACAAAGAGACGCUCUUCUGGGCAACUCGCCUCAACCAGGUCGUUCGGGGCCCAAGAGAAGAAACCGCAUAACAGGGAUAUCAAAAUACUCAAAGAAGGACCAAUACUUCAGACCCUCAGCAACGGCAGCCUACCUUCACGCGAUGCGGAACCAAAGACCCUCUUACAAGAUUCGCAACUUCGUAGAGUCGCCCGAGCCCGCGACUCUCAGGGGUACCAACCACUAUGACCCGUCACUGUUGUGGACUGGUCUAGGACGACGCAGACGCUAAACUGUUGGCACUACUGAAUAAUCUCACACUAUCAAUAUUAUUUCUAACACCUAGUCCAUGGAAUUAUGUAUUGUACAUAUCAUGAGUGGAGAAUUUGUUUCAUGUUUUCGUUAAUUAAAAAAUUAAAACAUUUUCUUAGCGGAGGAAUUUGGCAUGUUUUAUUUUUUAUUCAGGUUCGGUGAUCGUUGUAGUUUAGAUAAUUAUGCUUAGUAUACCACAGUGUGGGAGGGGGACUCUUCAAAUAAGAUUUCCAAUUAAAAAAGCAAAAUUUUAUAGCCUACUAAAUUUAUUAAACAUUUUUGCCAUAGCACACACAUUAUUUUUCACUUUUAUAAAGUCACAGUUGCAAUGUUUUAACAGGUUUGAAAAGAAACAUUUUUAAAAUCUUGAGUUGGCCAUUUCCCCAUAAUUUUAUCACAAAUUUUUACUCUUAUGCAUUAUUUUUUUAGUUAAAUUUCACUCUAGAAGUUUUUAGUAAAAAGAAAGUUGUUUUAUUCCUUUUUAUUUAUUACAACCUGAGGUAAACCAAUAGGACUCUUUAGAUUGCUCUAAUUUAAAUAAAUAUGGACAAUUUUAGACGUUUUGAAGUUUUAAACUAUUUUAUAGAACCAUCAUGAAAAAUUGUGAUGUUUAUAUCAAUAAAUUACAUAGUAUUUCUGUCCUUUUAACAAACUCAAAAAUUACCUUAAUUUUAUAUAAAAAAAUUAUGAGUGAAAUUUUGUUUCAAUUUUAUAAUCUUCACAGUAGUGUGAGAAUACGACAAUUGAUUGAAAUAACUUCCUGAUUUCUAUUUGAUCAGAACUAACUUUUUAUCACUAAGUUACAUCAGCAAAAUUAAUUCUACCAUAUUAUUAAGCGAUUGAUUACGAGACAAUGAAUUUAAUUUUCUCGAAUAAAUAUGUACUCAUUUAUUUUUGUAUCUUAAGUAGUUUUUAGGAAAGUAAUUUCAUGUUGUUGCAAUAGAAGUAACAUGUAGAGAAAAGUUAA